AACAUUUUUCUUUCUCAAUGGUUUGGUGAUUAGGUCCUCUUUGAUUAUGAUUCUUUAUUUACAUUUUUUCAUCGUCGGCAACUUCCAAGCUUGAUAGCACUUCACACACGGCGAACAUCUAAGUGACUUGCAUACCUCAAAGAAGUGUGAUAUAUAUAAAUUGCCAGUGUAAGUGUGUGAGAUUGUGUUGUAUGUAGAUAUGCAGUCAGUCGUGGAUUCUCUUGCGGCUGUUAGCUAUCCUUUUGAGUUAAUUUUGAAAGAGAGAAGUGAGAGAGAGACUAUUAGGAUUUCUUUUCACCCCCAUGAGUUGAUACUCAGUGAAGAGAUGAAGAAGAAUGAUCAACAAAUUCUUUGUCGUUGGUGUUUGAAACAAGUGAAGGAUGCUAACUACUAUUGCAAAGAGUGCUCUUUCUUUGUUCACGAGUCUUGUGCAGUCCAUAUUCUGAGAUUGCCUGAUCAUAAUUGGACUUCCAUUAACGAAGACCAGGAUGGAUGCUAUAAUUGUUGCUGGUGUGAAAUAGUCUCCGACAGUCCUCCAAGCUAUGUAUGUCGCAAGUGUAACGUGUUUCUCCACAAGAGCUGCGCCUGGAAGUUGCCAUAUGAGAUUAAGCACGUUUUCCACCGCAAACACCCUCUUCUUCUUCUCCCCAAUUGCAAACGGGACGACAUGUAUUCUGUUCACGAUGAUUCUGCUCUUUACCACUGCUAUUGUUGCAAUUUCACCCUCGACAGGAAGACUGCUCUCCAACAAACUUUGUGCUUACAAGAACCUGAAAGUCACAAGCAUCAAUUUAUUCCCUUUAUGAGGUCAGAUUUUUCUUCUCCCUGUGAUGCUUGUGGCCUCAAAUUCGAAAAGUCUGGGUCGUCAGUUGGAUCUUUCCUAUGCAUCAUGUGUCAGAUCAUUGCUCAUGAACAUUGCACCUCUCUCCCGCACACAAUCAGUAUAUUUCAUCAUAAUCACCCCCUCACCCAUACUUUCUUCUUUCUAUUUAAAGAAGAAGACAUGCCUCUUGUUGAUCAAUUAAAUUGUCGAAUUUGCCAUACCAAGGUUGACAAGGAUUUUGGAGGUUACUAUUGCGCAUGCUGCCACUUUGCUACCCAUGUGGGCUGCGCGAUCCGAAAUCAGAUCUCAACAAAUGACCGAAUUGUUCAUGGUCAAGAUUCAAUUGUUGAUCCUUUCAAGGAGAUUGAGCUGACGGAAGACGACUUGCCCAUAGUGAUUAAGCACUUCAGUCAUGAGCACAAAUUAAGCCGCAGUGAUGAAAUAGAGGAUAAAUGUUGUGAUGGCUGCAUCCGACCUAUCUCACAUCCAUUUUACAGGUGCGCAGAGUGUGACUUUUUUCUCCACAAGGCCUGCAUUGACUUGCCCAACCAAAUAACACCUGCUUUUCAUAAACACCCCCUAACCCUUCUUCCAAGUACAAUUGAUGACAUUAAUGCUAUUUUCCGUUGUUCUCUAUGUUAUAACGAUUGCCAUGGCUUCGUAUAUUCUUGUGAAGAAUGCAAGAAUUUCUAUGUUGAUGUUCGAUGUGCAUCAAUCCCGCUAAACUUUAGACAUCCUGGUCAUGAUCACAUACUCUCUUUCACGCGUACAAACAAUUCUGAUAAAUGCGACUCUUGCAGUUCCAAAAAUAUAUAUUUAUUUCGAUGCAAUGAGUGUCCAUUUGGAAUAGAUUAUAGAUGCGCUACACUACCAUCUAUCGCUAGAUAUUGGUUUCAUGAUCAUCAUCUUGUGCUCACCUAUCAUACAAUUGAUGAUGGUUCUGAUGCCUAUUACUGUGAUGUCUGUGAAAAGGAGAGAAAUCCAAAGCAUUGGUACUACUAUUGUACUCAAUGCGACUAUGCUGCUCUCCCCGAUUGUGCUCUUGGUAAGUACCCAUAUCUUCUUCCAGGACGAUUAUACAAUGAAUCACAUCCUUUUUUCAUCCUCCAGGGAUCUGAUUUUCAGCACCAUGUUAAUCUAUGUAGUGAAUGUCACUUACUCCCUCUGAUUCCAAAAACAUUUAGUGAUCGCAAGUUACAUAAACACCCUCUCGUCCUCUCCACCCAUAAUUCUAGAAUUGAUGGUUGUGGUAUAUGCCAGAACAUAGUACGUGAAUCAGUGAGGUUUCGUUGUGAAAAAUGUGAUUUUGAUGCUCAUCCUAAAUGUGUUUUACGAGAUACCUUCACUACUCAAUAUCGAGAAAUGACCCUUAGUGUUGUCAAAAGAACAAACUGGGGGUGUCUUCCAUGUAUGGUGUGCGACAACGAUUGCAGAGAUGCCUGCCUCAAAUGUCCUAAACUUGAAUGCAGUUUUUGUGUUCAUUUCGGUUGUGCGCGUUCUCUUCCCAUGUACUGGUAUUGAUUAGUACCAUAGAUAUAACUCCACUCGUGUGUAUCUUUCAAAUCAAUAAAGCUUUCAGUUUAGCA